GUACAAUUGUUUCUAGCACCAACAACCUUAAAAUCACAAAAAACAUAAGUAUCUUACAACAUUAAAAAAUGGCAAGGAUGGUAAUGAUGGGUUUAUGUGUAGUGGUGACUUGCAUGGUGGUGGCUGCACCCUAUGCAGAGGCUGUAUUUUCCUGUGCUCGUGUGGCCGCUAGCCUUAGGCCAUGCCUUCCCUACCUAACCAAUGGUGGUGGCGAUGUGCCACCUGGAUGCUGCACCGGGAUACUAGCACUCAAUGCCUCAGCAACAACAACAGUUGCUCGUCAGGCUACUUGUAACUGUGUACAGUCUUCCAUUUCGGGCAUCAAUUUUGGCCUUGCUGCUGGCCUCCCCGGCAUGUGUGGCGUCACUGGCAACGUUCUUGCCAACAUCAGCUUAAACACAGAUUGCUCCCUGUUGGGGUGAGAAUGAGUAAGGAGAAAGAUGUCUGGGUUGGAAGUUUAGAAGCAUAAUAAUAAUAAUAAAUUAAAAUAAAUAAAGAAGACUGUUCUCGUUUCAAGAAGACUUAUAUAUGGCUGUGUGUAUAUAUGUCUUUUUGACUUGUAAUGACUUUGGUUUCAUAUAACGUUUUUAUUAUAUAACCAUGUUGCACACGAGAUUAAGGUGUUGUUUAUUUUUUAAAA